AUGGAUAAUAUAAUAUCCAUUCCACUCGAAGAAUAUAUUUCCCUUCAACUUGUACACAACAAAUUGAAGUCGGUACGUCAGCAAAACGAAUCGCUUCUUCAAGAAAAAGAAACUUGCCGUCUUGAGAUUCAAGACAUUCAAAAUAAAAUCAUUUUACAACAAGAAAUGAUUCAGCACACGACGUGUAAACUUGCAAAACUUCGUAAAGAGUGCGAAGUCGAAAAACAAAAAAUUGGUCUUAUGACUCAACUCCCAAGAGAGGAGCCACUUGUUUAUAAAGUUAAUAAAACUUGUUGCAAAAUCGACUCUUGUGACUCCGAAGAAGUUCUCGUCAAACCUCGCAUUUGUAUCAAUCCAGAGUCUUACGACACUCAAGACGACACCGAUUCAUUAUUUUCCUCUCCACAACUAACAAAUGAGACAUCCGCGUAUCGACUUCGAAAUGGACUACCCCGCCCUUCUCAAAGUCUUUUGUGA